AUGGAAGUAGUGGAGUUGACAACCAAUUUAAGACUUAAAAGUGGUACUCUUUCAGAUCUCUGUGAUUUUGUAUAUGCUGACCUCAAAAAUAACUUCACAAACCCUGUGUGGCUUGCAAAUAGAACCAUUGUUACUCCAACAAAUGAAGCAGCACAAUUUGUGAAUGAUUUUCUGUUGACCAAGAUCCUUGGUGAGCUAAAAAUAUACAGAAGCUCAGAUACAGUUGAUAAUGAAACUUUGUAUUCAAUUGAGUUCAUCAACAAACUUACACCAUCAGGGUCUCCACCACACAUGUUCAAACGGAAGAAAAAAUGCUGCAUAAUGCUUCUGAGAAAUUUAGAUGCUACUAAUGGACAUUGCAAUGGCACACUCUUCAUCAUUGUCAGUUUACAUGAUCAGGUUACUGAUGCUGAGGUUGCUUCUGGUCCUUAUGCAGCAUCAACUCUGCUAAUCCCAAGAAUACCACAUGUAUCUCAAGAAAUGCAAUUUCCAUUCACAUUUACACAUAAACAAUUUCCUGUCAAGCCAGCUUUUGCUUUGACAUGCAACAAGGUACAGGGACAGACUUUUGAACAAAUUGGAAUAUAUCUUCCAACACAAUUCUUCUCACAUGGUCAGCUGUAUGUUGCAUUAUCUAGAGUUCAAAAGAAGGCCAAUGUAAAAAUAUUGGCUGAAAGAAAUGGAAACAAUAAGGAAAUCAGGCAUAAAGCCUUACAUAUAGAAGGGACAUUCCAAGGACAGACAACACAAACAGAUGCAGAUACCAACAUUCUAAAUUCUCUGACUCAAAAGCUGAACACUAAUAAAUCUGACUACAUUGAUGAAAUUAAUGGAUUGCGAUGUCAACUUGAAGAAGCCAAGAAGAAACUAAACAAAUGCUUUCACCAACUAUCUGUUGCUGAGAAAAGAGGGUCAAAGCUGGACAACGAGAAAACUGAAAUGAAGAAAUCACUGUGUAACAAUAAAGAAUACGAAUCUCAGUUGAAGGAACUGUGCUCAAAACAGGCAGUAGAAUUGGACCAUUUACGUGAGGAGAAUCGGAAGAUCAAAGAUAACUGGCAAGAAGCAAUGGAUAAGUUUGAACUGAUAUUUGGCGAAAAGGUUGACUUAGAAAGAGUUAUGGAACUUCUACAGAGUUCAUACUGUUUAGAAAAAUAUCGCUUUGAAAGUAUGAUGGGGCAACAGAUGAAACUUAUCGACUACAUGCACGCACUAAUACCUGAUAGUACUGCUAAAAAGAAAAAGUGUUCUAGAUUGUUUGGGAGCUUCAAAAGCAAAGACUGUAUGAAUAAAACCCCAGUGCAUGCCGGUGGAGACUUGUACACUCAAGUAGAAGCAGAAAAGAAGAAAAAUGCUAAACUGCAAGAACAAAUCGAGAAAAUGAGGGCUGAAAAUUACCAACUGGCCUCUGAAGUUAUGAAACUGAAAACUGGUGAUACAGAUGCACAUGAGUUUCUUACAGGAAGAAGCACUCUAUCAGACCCUACUGUUAUAUCAACUAUUAGCAAUUCUCCAACUGCCCACACACUGUCCAAGUUAACUUCCUCAGUAUCAUCCAGUGGCUUGAGCAAGAGUGCACCUGGCACUCCCAUGGCCCCUGCUAAGCCACCUCGUGCUAGGAUGAAUCACAACAUACCACAUCGGUUUGUUUCUGGUUACAACACGCGUGCAACUAAAUGUGCUGUGUGCCUUGGAAAUGUUCCAUUUGUUUCACAAGCAAAGAAAUGCGAAGAAUGUCAUAUUGUGUGCCAUAUGAAAUGUGCUUCACAAGUGCCACCCACCUGUGGACUAUUACUGGAAUAUAUUCAGAACUUUACAUCUUGUAUGCGUAGAAUUGAAUCUUCUGACACUCUGAAUUCGAGUCAAACAAAUCCCUGUGAAAUCUCAAGUUAUCUUAAGAUCCAAAGAAGUGGUAAAAAUAGCUGGGAUCAGUGUUGGGUGAAACUUGAUGGAAAUAUGUUGAUGAUUUACAAUGAUGAAGACGACUCCUCACCUAUUGACUCUUUUGACUUGUAUCCAACCACAAACAAUGAAGUGGUGGUUCACAGUGCUGUGACAGCUGCUGAGCUUCCUAACACCGCUACUUCCGAUCUGUUGUACAUCAUGAAAGUUGAAGAGAUUCCAGACAACACUUGUUGGCCGGGCAAAAAUCUCUACCUCAUGUGUAUGAAUUUCUCAGAUAAGCAGCGCUGGGCUGCUGCAUUGGAAGCUGUUGUUAAGAAGAGAAGCAGUGCCAACAAACAGACGCGGUUGAUGCACACUGUUGUUCUGCAGUUGAAUGAUGCCUUCAAAAUUGAAUUGAACUGUUGUCUAAUCCUUAACAAAAAGUAUUUGCUUCUUGGUGGUGAGGAAGGACUCUUUGUCAGUGAAAUCCAAAAUUCUUCUUACUCCUUGUACAGUACUCCAGUUAAGAUAUGUGGUGUUGGCAGUGUUUAUCAUAUGCAGUCUGUAUCUUCCUUACAGUUAGUAGUCCUUCUUGUCGGAGAAGAUCGUGCAUUAAUAGCAAUUAAGAAAAAAAGCCUUAAGAACAAGCAUUUCCAUAAGUUGCCAAACCAGUCCAACCCUAUCCCUUAUGACACUUUAGACAAAGUUAUCCGUUGUACAGUGUUUGAUGUUGGCAUGUGGGAGGAAUGUGUUUACCUUUGUGCUGGCAUGAUUGACAGAAUUGUCCUCAUGAAAUACAACCAUGGAUUGGAUCAGUUUUGCGUCCGAAAGGAAUUUAAUAUCAUUGCUGAACCUUGCAGUUGUGUGUGUGUUGCAGAUAAAUUUGCCAUUGUUGGCACUGACCAGUUUAUGUGCAUUGAUUUUGAAAAUCCAUCUUUGAAAGAAUAUUUAGACAGCAAGGAUCCAUCUUUUAAAUGUAUAUAUGACAAUACAAGCUUACCUUUGAAUGUUGUGAAAAUUUCUCCACAAGGAGCGCCACUAGAAUUCUUGCUCUGCUAUUAUGAAUUCGGUGUUUAUGUGGACUAUAGAGGUCGUAGAAGUCGGUCAAAUAACUUAAGAUGGAGUGGUGUACCUUUGACAUUUGCCUAUCAUGACCCCUAUCUCUUUGUCACUUACUUCAACUUUGUUCAGGCCAUUAACAUCCCCAUGAACAGAAGCCAGAUAAAAGGAAAGCAAAUGUCAUUUGUAAAAGUGAGACCUCGUUAUCUGGGUAGGGCUCCAGGGAUGGGCUCUGCAUUUUUCGCUUACAUCUGCCAGCAACGUACAGAGGUAUUGUGUUUGCGUGGUGGCAAUCAUGACCAGGUUCAGCAGGAAGACAACUGGGACACUGAUGUAGAUCCUGAUGAUGAUGCUCUUCCAGGUUCCCAAAGACAUGUACGUUUUGUCAGCCCUGAGAAAGCAAGGCGCAUUAGGAAAAGUAGUUCGUGGUCUUCAUUCGAUGGUCUUGAGCCCAACUGCACCAGUGCCUCGGAGUCUUCAAGCUCUUCUCAAGAUGCCCGACAUUUGUAUGCAACAAUUAGGAAAAAUGGAAUGAAGAAUCAGUACCAUUACUGAAAUCAAUACAUCUUCAGCAUUUGGACUAUUGAUACCCCACUACUUUAUUCAUGAUCAUCAUUGAAGUUAUUUUUUUGUCUGCAUUGGUCUGUUUUGAGGUUCUUUUUCCUUCAAUUAAGAUUGUACAGUGUUGUAAAUAUAUCUCCUACUGUCUCCACAUUCUGUUCACUUCAAAGCUACAUUUUAUUGUCCCUCUCAGUUUCAACUAUUUUCUCCAUUUCAGUCCCUUUAAGCCAAAAAAAAAAACAACAAUAACAUCAAUAAUAAUAAUAAUAAUAAUAAUAAUAAUACCAACAACAACAAUUACAAUAAUGAUAAUGAAAUAGAGUAAAACGGAGCACAAAGUUCUUAAAAAAUUAGUUUAUGGUAAUUACUGCAGUUAAUUCCAGCUUUUCGAGUUUUCCUUUUAAAUCAAUUUACUCUAUCAUUAUCCUUAGCUGUUUGAUAUCAUUAUCCUUAGCUGUUUGAUCAUUAAAUAUUAUAAUGUGCAUUGUCGAUCAUUGACAGGUUAAUAUGCCAUGUCCUAGGCUGCUUGUGACAUGCCAUGUUUUAUGGCUGCUUGACAAGCAUUGCUUAAGCAAAAGCCAAGUGAUAAUUAGAACUAUAUUUUAGAUAAUUCUACGUUAUGUAGCAUUUUAUUAGUUAGGUAUGAUGUUAGGUUCAUGCACCAUAUUUUUAUUUUCUAAUUUUGAUCUGUGAUGAAAUAACUCUACUUGAAACACUGGUCAUUUCCUCAUACAUGAUAUAAACACUGUUCUCUCUUCUUCCAUUGGUAACUACAAAAGUUGUUUCUGAUCUAAAUAGAUAAUUAGAUAAUGGAAGAUUGUUCUACAAGGCAGUAAUAUAAGCAAUAAGUUGAGCCCUGGACAGAUAUAUUAUUUGUUUUAUAUGUUAGAUGUAUUAAUUGUUUCUGAGCAGGUUUAAUAUGUUAUUUCAGUUGACAUGUUAUCAGUUUGCAAUUGUGUAAUGCAGUGACUUUGCAAACAUAUAAAGUUAUUUGUUGUCUCUGUUUAGUAUUAUUAAAUCCACUUGAUAAGUGAGUCCAAGUCAGUUGACCUCUGGAAAGGAAGUUAGCUUUCAGAAAUUGUCACUUGAAAGACACUGUCAACACUUGAUGGAAGUAAUGAGAUGUAAACUCCCAACUUGAGAAAUGUUAAUGUUAUUUUUAAUUAACCAUACAAAAAUUAUUUACUGUUGCCAUGAGAAGUCAAAACAACUUAUUGGGGCUAUUUGGUUGUUUUCUUUCCCUUUAUCAUGACAACACCAGUGCUCUGAGAUGCCAGUCAAUUCCAAAAAUAGUCCAACUCUUUUAAAUUAUAGAAGGCAAUCCAGAAUCCAAAUGAAAUAAUGAUGGUCUAUGUCAGCUGCAGUUAGUUUGUAGAAUGGGUUCUUAGAAGAAUUUAAUUAAGUUCAGUUGUUAUGAGGAGUGAAAUAACCAGUUUAUAUGUUCAUUAUGAUAAUAUAUUCCUUUCUAAAAAGACAGCAAGAGCAAGCUGCCUUAUUGCUGAAAUCCUUAACCCUUUCGUUACUGAAUUUAUUUUGAGAUGCUCUGUGUUUCCUUCAAUUACUUUAAAUAUAACAAAAAAUUUAGUAAAAUAACUUAGUUAUCAUUCAGCUAGUGUUAGGAACAUAAAUUGUGACUAAGGUUUGGUGGAAGAUUCUAAUUCAAAACUUAUGAAAAUAAGACAUUUGUACUCAGAGCCAGAGCUGGUUUCAGCCAGGUUGGUAAUAAAAGGGUUAAGUUGAAAUGAAGCCUGACUCUUUGUAAAUGUUUCUUCAUGGAUCUCCAGCAAGCCAACUCCUACUAGUAUGGAAAAUGGAUGGAAAAUGAUGAUAGGAAGAAAAUCCUUUGGUAAUUACAGAUGGAGGCCCUUAAAUUUAACCCUUUAGCAUUCUCAUUACUCUUUCAAAUAUAAUGCUUAUUUAUUCACAUUGUUUUGAAUUAAUCAUGCAUUAUCUCAUAGCUUUGAGAUUUCGAUGAUGUGACUGUUUAUUUUUAGAAUGAUAUUGCAGGGUAGGUGUGAGAGGCCAGAUCUGAUAAAAUAUUUGAGUUAGAUAUGGCUGGUUUAAAUGCUAAAGGGUUACAGCUGGAAUCUUAUCAUGAUCAACUUUGACUUUCGUUUCCUCAGGGGUCCAUAAAAUGAAUUAUCAAUCAAAUACAAAGUCAAUUUAAUUAAAUCUUAUCCCCAGCAGCAAAGUUAGAAAGUGUUAAUUAUAUUAAUAAUCAUACAUAAAAAUUUUUAGAUUGAACCAGUCUCUUUUCAUCAUUACCAUCAUCAUAUCAGUGUUAAUUUAUUUGAGGCAGCAAACGAGCAGAACCAAUAUGUUCUGAAUUCACAUCCUGCCGAGGUCAGCUUUACCUUUCUUCCCUUUGCAGUUGAUAAAAUGAAGUACCAGUCAAGUACUGGGGUUGAUGGCAUUGAUUUGUCCCCUCCCCUCAGAAAUUGCUGGUCUUGAAUUCUGCAACUGUCCCAUUCAGUGGGUAAUGUUAUAAUUUCAGUCACUGAUAUAUGCCAUGGAAACUAGGUAACUGGCCUUAUAAGUUCUAUGCCUCAAGAAAAUCUAAAUAAAGAUUUAAGGACACCUGCAACCCUACCUUUUCGUACAUGAUAAAUACACUAUCUUUUCACUCUUAUCAUUAAUAAUUGUUAUAAUUGUUCCUAGUUUAAAUUUGUAAUAUCAAACUUCAGUGAGGGAUGGCAGCUAAAUGAAACUUUUGUUAAUGAGUUUGUUGAAGUAUAUUGGAUAAUAAUGUCUGUGGAUUUAAUAACCCAAACAGAUUUACUUAGUUUUUUUUUUUUUUUAUGAUUUUUAAAUUGAAGGUGCAUGGCUCAGUGGUUAGAGUGUCAGUCUCAUAAUCAUGAGGUAGGGAGUUCGAUUCCCAGACCAAGCUGUGUGUUGUCUUCUUGAGCAAGAUACUUUAUUUUUAUGUUGCUCCAGUUCACUCAGUUGUAGAAAUGAGUUGCAACGUCACUGGUGCCAAGCUGUAUCGGCCUUUGCCUUUCCCUUGGAUAACAUCAGUGGUGUGGAGAGGGAAGGCUGGUAUUCAUUGGGCAACUGUUGGUCUUUCACAAACAACCUUGCCUGGACUUGUGCAUCAGAGGGUGACUUUUUAGGUGCAAUCCCAUGCUCAUUCAUGACUGAAGGGGGUCUUUACCUUAGAAAGGGGGAAGAACACUAUGCCAUUGCUGUGUUGUUACUUCUUUCUAGUUUCUAGUUAUAUUCUCUACUUGUCACAUACUUUUACACAUUUAAAAAUGUUGGCUCUGCUCAAACAUAGUUAUACUCUUUGACUGGUUUCGACUACAGUUGACUGUGGCCAUGCUGGAGCUAUUCAAUGUCUGGAAGUGUUUCUUAUGGAAUUGACUAGAAUGUAAUAGGAAAACACCCCUUAUUAUGUCUCCUAGAAUUAUAUAGAGAAUGUUAAACAUACCCCCAAUAACUCAAAAUUUAGCACAGUCUUGUUCUCUUCAUGACAUUUUAUCAGGAUUUCAAGGAUUAAAAUUACACCAGAAUAGGACUUCACUUUUGUUACUUCCCAGUAUUAUUAUUUUGAUAACUAUUAUAUUCUAUAUUAGUUAGAAGAAAUGUUGUUUUCAGGUUUGGUGACAACACGUCUCCUCAGAUCUCAAGAUUCUUUCUUAAGAUUCUUGCAGUUUUCUGCAGGUUGGCAACUGGAGUCUCAAUUCAAAAAUCUUUCACUAUUAUUAUUAUCAUUAUUAUUAUUAAGUGUUAAUUCAAUCAAAAAGUGUCAUUUUUGGCCACUCCAUAAGAUAAUGGUUCAGAUUGAGGAAAUUUGCUGACCUAUCUUUUCGUAUUUAUUUGUGAAUCAGAGAGAACCCUUUAACAUCAUCCUGACAAAACUGUUUUAUAGAAUUUCUCACCUGAGCUGUAUUUAGGUUUAUUCAUGUUUAAGGGAAGUGACUGUUACUACUUUAGACUAGUAUCAUUAUCCUUUUGUCAUCACAGGUUGGAAAAAAACGUAUAUAAGAAAGAAAUUGGUUGUAAAUAAGAUUUCACUUAAAUUAUAUAACACUGAAAACUGGAGAGAAAAUAUUAAAAUAUUAGAGCCAAAAUCACAUUAAAUGACUUGGAAAGGGGAAGGAAGAAUGCUCUGCCACUGCUGUGUUGUAACUUCUUGCUAGUUAUGUUAUCUACUUGUCACAUACUUCUACACAGUUAACCCUUUUGUUAUCAUAUUUCUCUUGAAAUAUGCUGCCUUUGUUGCCAAUUUAUUUUGAAAAUAAUGAAGAACUUACUGAUAUAACCUUAUUGUUAUUAAGCUGGUGUUUGGAACAUGAAUUAAAAUGGAAUUUUGGUGGAAGGUUUAGUUUAGAUCACUUUAAAAUGAAGAAUUUAUGCCAUAGAACCAGGGACAGUCUCAGGCAGGUUUGUAUCAAAGGGGUUAAACAUGUUCUAUGAUAAUUAUAAUUUUUAAGAAACCGUCAUUUUGUUGUUGUUUUACAAAGAACAUGACAAAUCGUUGUGUGUUUUCUACUAAUUUUUGCAGUGGCAACAUUUAUUAGUCCUCUUCCUCUUUCACUUCCCUCACAUAAAUGUGUAAAUAGUUUCUGCAAUCUAAGCUUGGUGUUGUAAACAAAAUUUCAACCCAGCAUUUGGUGGGGUAGGGGGAACAUUUUGUCAAUUAUUGUAUUCACUGCUCCUCAUAUAAAUGUAUAAUUUGUCACAAUAAAAUCACACCAACAUUUAUUGAAUGAAAGAUUUU